AAGUCGUUUGAGAAUACGGAACCAUUGUGCGGGAUACCCGAAGCGAGCGGUGCAGGGUUUGUGGGUCCUGGAGGAAGGUAAAUAAAGAGACCUGCUAAUAACACACGGGAAACUGGUUCAAGAGUGGCCCCGGGAGGUUUGACACGUUGGAUACGGCACAUUUGACGGUGAAUAACACAGUCGUAAAACCAGAGGAAGCGCAGAGAGUGGAGGCGAGGGACUGACGGGAGCAGUGGCAGCUGUCGGCGUUCUAAGGUGGUCUGAUUGGGUUUGCCUCAUCCUUGUGUUGCCAUGGCGAUGCGGGAUUUGGUGGAGGCAGAAUGCGGGGGAGCGAAUCCCCUGAUGAAGUUGACCAGCCACAUGACCAAGGAAGGAGGGGCAUGGAGGCACCGGUCAACACCUACAAUUCCCUCCACAUCCAUUGAGAUUGCAACUGAAGAAGAGCUCGUGAAUGAGUUCCUUCAGGCGCCACCACGGCCCCCACACACCUUUGACAUGGGUCAGCUACUGGAGGAAAUGCAGCAGAUUGACCAGCAGAGCUACAGACAGGCUCCACAGAGAGCCCCAGGUGUGGCAGCGUUGGCCCUCUCCGGUGACUGGGCAGCUGAGUUCCUCUCAGGCACUGACUCUGCCUCUUCGCCGGGGCUUGCCGGUCUCAGUGACACAGCUGACGCAGAUUGGACGAGAGAAUUUAUCGCUGAGGCUGCAGAUCCUGGGCGCUGGGCAGAGGAAUAUCUGGAGCAGUCAGAGGAGAAGUUGUGGCUGGGGGAUCUUGGAGACAAAGACCAUGAUUGGACAAAAGAGUAUCAACCAGGAGACGAAUUGAAGCAAACAGCCAAUGAGUUUGUCUCAAAGGUUGAUGACCCCAAAUUGCAAAACACAGAGUUCCUGCGAUUCAUUAGGCAGAUUGGCGAGGGCAGUGUCACAGUGGAGAACAGAGCAGACAAAGAGCACACAGAUAAAGUUCAGGCCGAGGAGGCUCAGAACUGGGUCUCCAACGUCAACAAGUUCCUGGAAGAGACUGGGGGAGGGAGUCUUCCCUUGGAAACUCCAGAGAGGAAUGAGAAGAUUCACAAAGCUAAAGCUAAACAGGCAGAGCAGUGGGCCAAGGUCAUCAGGCAGGUGUCGGAGGAGUCAGCUGAAGCCUGGGUGGAUGAGUUCACCACAUCAGGACCCGAUUUCCAACAGGCCAAAGCUGCAGUGGAGAGCGAUGUGGACUUCUGGGAGAAGCUGCAGCAGGAGUGGGAGGAGAUGGCCAAGAGGGAUGCAGAGAGCCACCCUUGGCUGUCUGACUUUGAUCAACUACUCAACACCUCCUAUGACAAGGGAUACCAGUUCGAGGAGGACAACCCCUACCUCUCCCACCAGGACCCCUUGGCAGAAGGGGUGAAGAGGAUGGAGGCAGGCGACAUCCCUGGAGCUGUGCGGUACUUUGAAAGCGCUGUGCAGAAAGAGCCAGACAACCAGUUGGCUUGGCAGUACCUGGGAACCUGUCAGGCAGAGAAUGAACAAGAAUUUGCUGCCAUCAGCGCCCUCCGCAGAUGUAUAGAGCUGAAGAAUGACAACCUUACUGCUUUGAUGGCAUUGGCUGUCAGUUUCACCAAUGAAUCACUGCACCGGCAGGCCUGUGAGACUCUUCGUGACUGGCUGAGGCACAAUCCAAAGUACCGCUCUGUCUUAGAGCAGAGUGAGCGUGAGCGUGACAAGGAUGCUGCCAGAGAAAGGGAGAAGGAGAGGGACCGAUUUGGAUCACUUCUGCCAGAGUCUUUGUUUACGGAGGUUCAGUCCCUGUUCCUGAGUGCAGCCAACUCCGACCCAGCACGGGUCGACCCGCAGUUGCAGUGUGGCCUGGGAGUUCUCUUCAACCUGAGCGGAGAGUACGACAAGGCGGUCGACUGUUUCACCGCUGCUCUCUCUGUCACACCACAGGAUUACCUCCUGUGGAACAAGUUGGGUGCCACUCUGGCCAAUGGAAGUCGCUCAGAGGAAGCUGUGGCCGCCUACAGGAGGGCCCUGGAAUUGCAGCCGGGGUUUGUCCGCAGUCGCUACAACUUGGGAAUCAGCUGUGUUAACUUAGGAGCACACAGAGAAGCUGUGGAGCAUUUCCUUGAAGCUUUGUCCCUACAGCGGCAGGCAGCUGGAGACGGCCCGGCAGCAAGAGGCCCAAGGGGGCCCGGAAGUGCAGCAGCCAACAUGAUGUCUGACAACAUCUGGUCCACCUUGCGUAUGGCUCUCAGCAUGAUGGGAGAGAGCUCCCUGUAUGCCGCUGCUGACCGCCGGGACUUGGACACGUUGCUGGCUCACUUCUGCCAGAGAGAGGUGGACGGCGGGCCCGAAUGAGGAACGGGGACGGCUGGGGCUAGGACAGAGCUUAUAGAGUGUGAGUGUGUUUUGUUGGGAGGAAGGUGUUUGGGUGAGCUGGAGAGAGAGGAAGACGAGGAAUAAGAAUGGGAGGAACUUGGACUUGAUCAGUGAAGGAGGGAUGGGAAAAGGGGGAGGAGUGAAAUCUAGCCAGAAACGGGGUGGUGUAGAGAGCGACACACUGUGAAUCAUCCACCAACCCAGAGACUUAAUCAUUUUCUCACACAUUAAGUGACUUGAAUCAAACACCGCAGUAUAAUUCUGUACCUGGAGAGACACAACCAGCUGUGAGAGUCACUGCGAUGCUGGCACACACAAAUAAUAUCAAUAUACUUCCAGUCUCGCUGUCUUCUCCUCUUGUUUCCUCCCCCUCCAUUGAUCCGAAGACGUGGGAUUAAUGAAACAUGACAUUCACUGAUGUAAAAUCUGUUUAAGAUGAUGAUCGUUAAUGAUGAAGAAUGAGUUAAAUCCUAACCCGCAUUCAGCAACCAGCAAGUGGACGGUUUUGUUAUGGAACUCAUUGCUCUCACAGCCUUUUAUUACUGAUGGCUGAUAAGUUGAACUCUAAAUACUCUGCCAGUUUGUAGAUUUACAGUAAAAAGGUACGGUAUUACUGUGAUGCUAAAAGAGUAUUACAUUGCAUCAAAGUGCUCUCAAAAGAGAAGGAUUAGGCUGGGCCAUAUUUCCAGUGCAUACAGUAUCCACUAGUUGGAAGAGCUAAACGGUCUGCUUGUUUUUCUUCCUUAUUUUAUUAUUAUUAUUUCAGUAGUAAAUCAACUAUGAGCCGGGAUAAUUAACUGACAACCAGCAGGCCUGUUGCUCUUAUGAUGAGAGGUGUGUGUGUGUGUGGGUGUGUGUGUGUGUGUGUUUGUGUAUAUGUAUGUAUGUAUGUUGGGUGGGGUUGGGGUGUUAAUUAUGCUUUGGAUGAUAAGAACAUGUAAUUGUACCAUCAUGUAGGAAAAGGAGCUGUCAGUGCUCCUCCCCCUCUUGCUCUUUUUCUUAAUGCUCUUGUAAAACAACUUGCUUCAUUGUAAAAUAAUGCUAUCCGCCAUAUUGUGUAUUGUAACAUAAUUGUUGCACUAUUAUUGUUUUCGGACUAGUUAUCCUGACUGCAACGUUUAAUAUAAUAUUCAGCAAUAAAGCUAUGAUUCCAAAUGU